ACCAUCUCAUCCAUCGCCAUUUGUCUGUUACCCUCACUGCCAUCAUGCUGGCCUCAGGGCUGCUUGUGGUAGCUUUGCUAGCCUGCCUGAGUGUAAUGGUUUUGAUGUCUGUCUGGCGACGGAGGAAGCUCUUGGGGAAGCUGCCUCCUGGACCCACUCCACUGCCCUUCAUUGGGAACUACCUGCAGCUGAACACGGAGCAGAUGUACAAUUCCCUCAUGAAGAUCAGCGAGCGCUAUGGCCCUGUGUUCACAAUUCACCUGGGGCCUCGCCGGAUCGUGGUGCUGUGUGGACAGGAUGCAGUAAAGGAGGCUCUGGUGGACCAGGCUGAGGAAUUCAGUGGGCGAGGCGAGCAGGCCACCUUCGACUGGCUCUUUAAAGGCUAUGGUGUUGCGUUCAGCAACGGAGAGCGCGCCAAACAACUCCGGCGCUUUUCCAUCACCACGCUGCGGGACUUUGGCGUGGGCAAGCGCGGCAUCGAGGAACGCAUCCAGGAGGAGGCGGGCUUCCUCAUCCAGGCUUUCCGGGACACGCGUGGCGCGUUCAUUGAUCCCACCUUCUACCUGAGCCGUACAGUCUCCAAUGUCAUCAGCUCCAUUGUCUUCGGGGACCGCUUUGAGUACGAGGACAAAGAGUUCCUGUCGCUGUUGCGCAUGAUGCUGGGGAGCUUCCAGUUCACGGCUACCUCCACCGGGCAGCUCUAUGAGAUGUUCUCUUCAGUAAUGAAGCACCUGCCAGGACCGCAGCAACAAGCCUUUAAAGAGCUUCAGGGGCUUGAGGACUUCAUAACCAAGAAGGUGGAGCAGAACCAGCGCACACUGGACCCCAAUUCCCCAAGGGACUUCAUUGACUCCUUUCUUAUCCGCAUGCUGGAGGAGAAGCAGAACCCCAACACAGAGUUCUACAUGAAGAACUUGGUACUGACUACACUAAACCUCUUCUUUGCGGGCACAGAGACUGUCAGCACGACCCUGCGCUAUGGUUUCCUUCUGCUCAUGAAGCACCCAGAGGUGGAGGCCAAGAUCCAUGAGGAGAUUGACCGAGUGAUUGGCAAGAACCGUCAGCCUAAGUUUGAAGACAGGGCCAAGAUGCCCUACACAGAGGCAGUGAUCCAUGAGAUCCAAAGAUUUGGAGACAUGAUUCCCAUGGGCCUGGCUCGCAGGGUCACCAAGGACACCAAGUUUCGAGACUUCCUCAUUCCCAAGGGCACUGAAGUGUUCCCUAUGCUGGGCUCUGUGCUGAGAGACCCCAAGUUCUUCUCCAACCCCCGAGAUUUCUACCCUCAGCACUUCCUGGAUGAGAACGGACAGUUUAAGAAGAGCGAUGCUUUUGUGCCCUUUUCCAUUGGAAAGCGAUACUGUUUUGGAGAAGGCCUGGCUAGAAUGGAGCUCUUCCUUUUCCUCACCACCAUCAUGCAGAACUUCCGUUUCAAGUCCCCACAGGUGCCCAAGGAAAUUGAUGUGUCCCCAAAACAUGUGGGCUUUGCCACCAUCCCACCCAACUACACCAUGAGUUUCCUGCUUCGCUAAGUCGGCUGUGCCAAGGCAGAGACGGGAAGGAAGGGGGGUGGGACAGGGCUAUGAGAGUGGCUAGUGGGUAGAAUAUGGCUGAGAGAAAUGUUGGGGCCUGGGAUCUCUAUGUUUCCACAAACAAGCGCUACACAAAAAGCUUUCCCAUGCAGACACUCAGAGAAUUCAUCCUAUUAUAAGGACUAUAAUAGAGAUCAAAAAAUGGGAAGGGGUCUCCUGUUCUCUGAACCCUACAGGAUUCAUAAUUAGCUAUCAUUAUCAUGUUUCUCAAUUUAUUUUAUCUAUGUCUUACAACAUAGAAUCUAUGAAUGGGCUUACUUGUGCUUUCUAAAAUAAGGAUAAGGAUAAACCUAUAGAAAAAUAUCAUUACCGAUGUGUUGGUUCCCAACCCAUCAGAAUCAAACUGCACUCAUCCAUGUGCAUGUCUCCUUAAGAGGCUUCAGCAAACUCUGUUCAAGAAAUCUUAAGAACUGUGGAGUAACCAAACUAUCACCACAACUACCGAAGCUAAAAUUAAAAAUCUUGGAAUCUCAGAUAUCUAAGAUUCAGAUAUCUUAGACUCAAAACCUUUGGGUCAUUCAUGCCUGGAAUUCUUGGCACUCAGAAUUUUUAUCAGAGGUUUCCCUGCACAUAUCUUUGGGAAUCAAAUUCCAAGCCUUUUGGCAGUGGGGAACUUACAUCCUUCAAACCCAAUGUUCCUUCUCAGAAAGAGUCAUGAAUAGAACGAGGGAUUGGAGCAAGUGAAUGUUACCAGUGAGACGUGCCUCUUGGGUAAGGCACAGUAGCUAGUAGGCCUCAUAAAUUCACAUAAUCCUCAAACCUAAAUGUGGGGGAAAGCAGUGUAUCAUGAAGGUGUUCUGGGGUGCUGACAGAAGCCACAGUCUAGUCACCCACACCUAGUUCACGCUUCUCCAGACACUCUCAGCUCUGAAACUCUUUCAGGGCUAACACCAACUGUUCUGUGGGAGUGAGAUGACAAGAGGAGCCUUGUUGUUAUUCUUUUCAGUUCAUGGUUGUGACAUGUAACAUUUACAGUCAAUGUGGUUAUUUGGUUCCUGUACAUGGCAUAUCUUAAUUUUUCUUACUUCUUCUUGUCUUCCCAUUUUCCUCUUGCCUGUAGUUUCCUGACCUCUUUCCAUUUGCAAGCAAACUAUCUGCUUGCUUCCUUCUAUUUCUCUCUCAUUUUGCUCUUUGUAUUUUGCCUUACUCAAAUGAAAACUAUCAUAUGGUAUUUGUUAUGGUUUGUGUCUGGAUGUCCUCCCUAGAGUCUCAUGCAGUCAUGGUAGAUGGACUGUUUAGAGGUGGCUGAAUCUAGAGUUUGUGACUGAUUUAUGAUCUUAUACUGGGAUUAAGAGUGUGAGUGCUACACCUACCUUAGGGUGUGUAGUUUAUAUACAAUAUAAGGAACAGAAAGAGGCUUGCUGUUUCCUCUUCUCUUGCUGGUUUUGGUGUCUUCUGCUGCCAGGCUACUCUGCUUAGAGCCAGCCCAUUAUGGAUUGAAACCUCUAAAACCUGUGAGUUAAAUAAACCUCUCCUCCUUCAA